AUGUUCUGCACAUCACUUCGUCGUCGAUCAUCCUUCGCGUCAGUCGUUCCUUUGCUGAUUGCGCCAUCUGGACUUGCAACUAAAGAAUCGCUGCUGGAGACACAUGACAUUGUUUCGCCCAUACCCGACUUCCCCAAGGCAGUCCCUAACACCAAGUCAAAACGAACGCUACGACUGUUACUGCUGUCGCCGAACAACAUUUCAGAAGAGCGCCUUCCAGCCACGAUUGCACGUAUACAACACUUCGUGGCUCUGACAGGCGGCCUCGACGUCGCCAUCAUCAUGUCACUCUCUGCAUCCAAACCCUUUUCUUCCGCGAAACACCUUCUGAACGCUUCCAAACUCGACGAAAUGGACGGAAUGCGCAGCUACGCGCGUCUCCAAGAAGAGUUGAUGACUAGGACAGAGCUGACAUGGGUACCAAUCCUACCUCUGGUAAAACUGGAUGAUCUUGUCGAGCUCAUCAAGACACACGCGCAGUCGAUCAGCCGUCCAAAACCGAAGCCUUCGUCUGCAUUGCUUCCUCUGGACAUGUUAGCACAUUGCACUUUUGACCCACCUUUACCUUCUCUUGCUGUUAACCUUGCCACUGAUGCUUUCUCUACUUUGAGUGAUGUAGCCCAGGCCGCAACCACCCGUAACACAAGCUCAUCUUUUCACAACUUUAGAGAUGUUGCUUCGUCGGACGAUUCUCUGCAAAGCCACCUGGACUCCUUUAGCGUGCUGGAGGAGCAAUUAGGCCCUGAGAUCGUGGGAAACAUGAUUGACUUCUGGGUCACAGAAUGGGCUAUCAAGUAG